AUGGAGGCAUCAGAGAAACCUCCCCCAUACGAAGAUAACCUAGCACCUGCGCCCGAUGUCGAAACGAGCCCCCAAAAUUUACCAGCGAUCAAUGAGCGCAAGCUCGUGACCAAGAUCGAUUGGCACAUAAUGCCAUGUCUCUGUGCUAUGGUCAAUAUUGGGAACGCGUCUAUAAUGGGUCUGAAGGAGGAAUUGAAUAUCGAAAAUGGGACCAAGUAUAAUACGUCUCUUACGAUUCUCUUCGUGCCUUACAUCAUCUUUGAAAUCCCGUCGAAUAUUCUCUUGAAGAAGUUCAAACCGCAUGUUUGGCUGCCGCUAUGUAUGUUUGGGUUCGGCUUUGUUUCCAUCUGUCAGGGUCUAGUGCAGAACUGGGGCGGGUUGAUGACGACUCGAUGGUUUUUGGGCAUGUUUGAGUCGGGUCUUGUUCCUGGGUGCUACUACCUGAUCGGAAUGUGGUAUAAGCGCAGCGAGGCCCAGAAACGCUUCAGUCUGUUUUUCUGUUCAACUACCGUGGCAGGAGCUUUCGGUGGGCUGCUUGCCAGUGGGAUCGGGAAAAUGGACGGCCUACGAGGUUAUCGAGGCUGGCGUUGGGUAUUCAUCAUCGAGGGUCUCUUGACUUGCGUGGUUGCGAUCGCCUGUUACUUUUUCGUGGGAGAUUUCCCAGAGGAUGCGAAAUGGUUGACUGACGAUGAGCGGAAAUUUGCCAUCGAGCGGCUCGCGACAGACACGGGGAAGUCAGCUCCGCAGGCGAAAAUGAACUUCAAAGAUGUGCUGGCUGUUUUCAAAGAUUACAAGAUAUUCGUCGCUGGGUGCAUGUAUUUUGGGGUCUGUAUACCGAUCUACUCGUACGCAAAUUUCGCGCCUACAAUUAUCAAAACUUAUGGCUAUGAUACCAUCCACACCCAACUCUUUUCCAUCCCGCCCUGGGUAGCAGCAUUCGUCUUCUCCAUGGUCAUUGCAUACCUCUCCGAUCGAUUUCGCCAUCGCUACAUCUUCGCAAUGGUCCCGUUUCUAGUCGCACUGGCUGGGUUGGGAGUCCUUCUGAACAUUUACGGUCCCGUGCAACGGCACGUGCAAUACGGAGCCCUAUUUCUCAUCGUCAGUGGAAGCUUCAGCGCACCGCCGGUAUUGGCAUGUUGGUUCGCCAUGAAUUUGGCUGGGCAUAGGCGACGGAGCGUCGGGAUUGCUUGGUUUGUUGGGUUUGGAAACUUGGGAGGAAUAAUAAGUCCCUAUUGUUUCCUGUCGAAGGAUGCGCCCGCUUACCAUGAUGGGUAUAUUCUUUGCAUUGCUUUCGUUUGUCUUUCGGCUGCCACUGCGUCGAUCUAUCUGUUCGGUGUGUGGCUUGAUAAUGUGAGAAGGGAGAAAGCGGCCACAAAUGGUAGUCUUGGAGAGUUUUCAGCGGAGGAAGAAGGGUUGAUGGGUGAUUUGGCGCCGAGUCAUCGCUAUGUUUAUUGA